AUGCUAUCUAUCCCCAACCCUCUACCCUUGCACCUCAAACUCCCCGACGACCCCGAGACACUCGCCCUCCUCAACCGCAUAGUAGUCUACACCGCCGUGAUCCUCUACCACACCAUCUGGAACGCCCCAGUCUACCACAUCAAAUUCGCCAAGAACACCACCUGCCUGUCCUUGCACAUCGCCACCGGCCUCCUGGAGUACUUCCGCUACUGGCUUGGGAAAGCACAGACCCCACACUCGCAAACGAUCCUCCCGGACGCGCUCGACGUGCUGAGCAGCCUGAUCUGGUCGGGGACGAGCUUCGUGCUGCUGCGCACGCUCCGCCGCGGCGAUCCCCGCACGACCCGCCCGCCCUACCAGGCCGCCGCGUGCCUGCGGCCUCUGGCUACCAUAGCGGCAUAUGCAUUCCGCAUCCCGAGUCUGCAUACACUUAGUAUAUACGCGUUGGAAGGGUUCAUCUGGACGCGGCUGGCAAUCUUCUACUUUUCCCGUACGCCGUACCUGCGUGGUACAGCUAAGGAUAGCACGGUGUAUGCGAUCUCGGUGCCAUUGGCGGCGGUGUUUAGUGUGCAUCAGAGCCAGGUGCCGGGCGCAACGAUGGGGUUUGUAUUAGCAAUGGCGUAUAUCAGGCAAUUGAAUGAGUGGGUGACGCUGCGGUCGAAAUGUUUGAGAGACCCGCAGACGAAGGACGAAGUGUCAUUUUGGAAAAAGUAUCUGGUGGUCGGGUUACGGACGUUGGGGUUCGUGGAGCUGGAUGAAUUACGCGCUGUUUCGGAAGAACAGGCGUUGGAGAAGGAACUGAACGAUGAGUAUGUUUCCAAGGCGCAUGACUGA